ACGUGUAUUUUUGUGAUUUUUAUAUUUUUGUAAUUUAAAACAAUGUCAGCUGAGGACACAAGUAAAAAGUUGUAUCUUGAAUGUGGUGACUUGAAGAGAAUUGAACCUGAAUACACUAUAGAUGAAGCAAUAUUAAAAGAAAUUGGUAGUAACUACCGCACUAUACCCACUUUUGAGAAAAGCGUGUACGAGCAAGUGUAUAUACGACAUUAUUCUUUGAAAAGCAACAAAUUCCUGGCAUGUCGUUGGGAACAGUACAAGCAACAGAUGGAAAGCAGGACCUUCACUCCUUUCCAAUUUCCUGAUAAUAGAGAUUUGCACUUCCAUAAUGAUACUAUAAGAUAUCUGCCAUCCGAGUCACUGCACCGAACACUAAAAUUCAAAAUGAAGAUGAACUGCGGUCCCGGCGUGGAUUCAUACGGACAAAUACCCAUACCUCAAGAAUUACUCAUGAAACGCAGCCAAAUCGAGCAGGAUAAAGAACAUAAACAUAAUAAAAAUAAGAAAAAACAAUGUAGAAAAGUGUUUACUUAAGUCUAAAUCUGAAUUGACUGCAGCCAUUUUGAAUAAUUUUUAUGUGGUGUUUUGGCGGGAAUAAAAUAAAAUGUAAUAAACAAUU